GAGCUACUCAGUGCGCCAUGCUAGCCGCCCUGACCGGGUUGUGGCUCUGUGGCGUCUGGUUGGGUUUCGGAUCCGCGGCCCUGACCAGCAAUGAAGUCACUGACAACCUGCUUGUGGAUACACUCGGGCUCAGCGGCAUUGAACCGCGGUACCUGGUGCUGGCGCCCCGGGUGGUUCGUCCCAACCAGGUGUACCGGGUGACGGUGACGCUGCUGUCGGCGAGUGCGGCGCACACAGUGCGCGCUUCGCUGCAGCGCGAGUCCGAGGAGGUGGCCAGUGUCAAGGAACUUAUCGGAUCCGGAGAAACCGCUGUGUUGCUCAUGAAGGUUCCACAGAACGCCAAGCCGGGGAAAUACCAGAUGCGCGUCGAAGGUAACGUCAAUGGCGUGUUGGGUGGCACCGGUUUCCUUCAAGAACAAGAAGUUGAAUUCCAAGCCCAAUUUCUCACCAUCCUCAUCCAGACGAACCAGUUUGUCUACAACUUCGAACAGUCCAUUAAGGCAAGAAUUGUGCUCCUUACGACCGAACUGAAGCCAUAUGCGGAGCCGGUGGAUGUGUACCUCACGGAUUCUCGGGGAAUCGUGAUGAAGCGGUGGCUGUCUCAGUACCCAUACCUAGGAUUUAUCAAGAUCAACUUCGACCUUCCAUACGAUUACGCUGUGGGCUGGUGGAGCCUCAAGGUAGUAGUGCUGAGCCAGGUAGAGGAGCGCAAGAUCCUGCUCGAGCGCUGGUUCACCGAGCGCUACGACGUGUACGUGGUCGUGCCGCCGUUUGUGCUGGAUACUGACGAAUACUUCGAGGGCGACGUAUCGGCGAACUACACGACCGUGGCACCAGUGUUCGGCAAUGCCACCAUUCGCGCCUACGUGCGCCCCACCUUGGUGCAGGACUACGAUCCGGGAAUCCAGGUCGUCGAGCCUUACCUCGAGGAAUACGUGCACGAUUUCCGGAUGGGCUACCAGUUCAAGUUCCCAAUGUCCGAGCUUCGCGAGCUGGCAUCGCCCCACCCGCUCGACAAAUGUGAGAUCGAGAUAAAAGCCGCUGUGGGCGAACGCUUCCUGGACAUCAUCGUAGAUGGCUACGCGCGAUCCCGUGUCAUCAACUCGUCCCUCAGCCUAAAGAUACUCGGCGUGAAGCCACUUGUCUUCAAGCCUGGAAUGGUGUUCUCUGUAUACAUCGCCGUGACGUACCACGACUUGGUCAAGCUGCCAGAGGAGAAACUGGCCAAUUCCAACAUCACGGUCAGUUUCACAACACAGGGUGGUAGUCGGGGCAUCGAUGAAGUCCAGAAGCAGCCUGACGAGAAAGGCAUGGCCAUCAUCGAUGUGGAACCACCCGAAGGCGCCGACCGCAUCGUAAUCAGGGCGAGAUAUCAUGAUAAAGAAGACACCGUGGAUACAGAAGCACUUGCAGUGGCUCAACAUUCACCGAAAAAGAAGUACAUUCAGAUAACUACGAGCACUACGAAUGGCAUCGCUGGCCAGUACGCUAUAUUCCACGUGCGAACCAACUUUUACAUCAAGUUCUUCCACUAUUUGGUGAUUUCCAAAGGAACAGUACUCCAAUACGGAGUGCAAAAAGCCUACGGACUGGUACAGACGAUAACUGCAUUCAGUAUUCCCUUGUCACCCGAGAUGGCACCAGCUGUAAAAGUGAUGGUCUACCAGAUAUCCAGCAACGGUGAUCUCACUGCGGACGCCAUCAUAGUUCCUGUCCAGGGUAUCAACCGAGGGAACUUCUACUUGUGGAAGAACUUGAAGCAAGACCGGUCUAACAACUUAAUCGAAUUGGUUCCCACGUAUUCUCCGGAAACCGUGGCUGGUCUCAAUGGACUGGAUAGCGACUUGGUGGCUGUGCAAGGAAAGAACGACCUGACACUCACGUCGGUUAUCGAGACCCUGUACCACAUGGAGGACCACUGGGGCAGCCACGUGCGCGCCGUGUGGCGAGAUCGCGACGGGAAACCCGACAAGGCAGAAUACUACGUCACGCAAAACUUCGCUCCAGACGUGAACAAGACGUUUGCGUUCGCAGGGCUCAUUGUUGCCACAAACCUGAAUGUCACAACUCUUCAGGACUUGUGCAACGAGACUGCUGGGUUCCUUCCCUGUGUGAACGGUGAGUGCUAUCCUAAGAGUGGACGCUGCAAUGGGUACAAGGACUGCUACGACGGAACGGACGAAGGAAACUGUGAAAAGGACGACUUAGAAGACCAAAGUCUGUUCGAGUUCUUCUUGUACAGAACAAACCGCUUUAACAACUUCUUCGACGCCACAGGAGGCAAUUUCGCCUGGCAUCAUGCCAUUACCGGAAACUUAAAGGACAUAUAUAUGCCAUGUCUUGUGCCUAAGGGUCCAACAUUGUAUAUGUUCAAUGCUAUUGCUGUUAGCAGACUUCAUGGUUUCGCCAUCCUCAAUGAGCCCAUAUACCACAACAGCUUGCGGCCUUUCUACAUGACGUACGAGGCACCCACAGAGGCUGUCAUUGGGGAGCAGAUUGGUAUACGUGUGGUCCUCUUUAAUUACCAGAACUACUUGGUUCAAGCUGAACUUCGAGUGCUUGGCUCUGAAGACUACCGGUUUGUGCAAGUCGGACCUCUGGGUCGGGUAGGCUCUUACAGCCCCGUGACCACCAAGGGUGAAGUGCAGCAUGUAGUUUACAUCCAGCCUUUCAAUCACAUCACCAUACACGUUCCAAUUGUAUCAGUGAAGAUCGGACAGGUUGAUGUGGGCAUUGUGGCCAAGACACAAAUAGCCCACGAAGAGGACACUAUUACCAUCAACUUCCUCCCCGACGGCGUUCCACUGCGGAUGCACACCUCCUUGCUGAUGGACCUGAGAGCACAGGCGUACAACAUCAAGUUCCUUGAUCUCAAUGUUACCGAGGACCCUAUCAUCCCCUUUGAAAGCCAGUAUAGGCGCUACCUCUUCGGGUCACCUGCCGCACAUGUAUCAGUCAUAGGAGACAUUGUUGGAACCCCCCUAGACGGAGACGUGGAACCAGAAGAAUUCGGAUUCUCAGUCGCCACAAAAUCGGGCGAGCAUGCCAUGUUCAGUUUCGCAUAUCAAGUUAUUCGACUGACUUAUUUGCGUCUCACGGACCAGCUGACCCGUGACAUCGCAAAGCCUAUCUUCGAGAAACUGAACAAAGCCUACGUUUAUCAAAGUUCCUACUUCAAGAACGGUGCAUUCACCAUGUUCAAGAAAGAGCCCAGUGUUUGGCUGACAGCCUUCAGCUUGCGGAUGUACAUGCUGGCAGUUUUUCCUGACUGGGAGCACGACAUCUACAUAGACCCGCGGCUCAUCACGCAAGGGGUCCACUUCUUGCUCAAGCACCAGGAUACAAACGGCGCUUUCUACGAAACCUCACGGUACCCGUGGAAUCGCAGGAUGAGGUCAGAGGCGCACAAUAAAGACAAGAACAUCACUUUGACUGCACAAGUUGUUCUCACUCUCUCAAAGAUCUCCGAUCUCACUGGGGGCACUCGUGAGCGGGCCAACACAGCCAAGCGUGACGCUGUGCGCUAUCUGGAGACACAACUGGCUCAAGUGAAAGACCCAUAUACUGUAGCCUUGACGACGUAUGCACUCUUCGAGGCUGGUUCUAGUGAAGCGCAGUUCGGCUACAACCUCCUCCACUCCUUGAAGAGAGACGCCGAGGGAGCCAUCUACUGGAGCAGCGUGCCCAUUCCACCGCCCGUGAUCGUGAUCCAGAGCCAGCGGCCGUACCUGAUUCCCCGGAUGCCGCACCCGGAGGACUCGUCUGCCGUAGAAGCCACGGCGUACGCUUUGCAAUCCUACCUCAAGCAGGGUGGCGUUUUCCAGGAUCAGAUUGUCCGCUGGCUGAACCAGAUGCGUUCCACCGACUACGGCUUUAUCGGCACACAGGACACACUUGCCGCUCUGGAGGCCCUGACGCAGUAUUCAUUCCGAACGCAUGUUCGAGGCAUCACUGAGAUGAAAGUAACUGUGGAAUCUUCAUCGAAUCCUGGCUAUCCCAGCACGUUGCGGAUAUCCAAAGAUGACUUGGCACGCAGAAAAGUAUUCGAUGUCCAACCCAACGUUUGGGGUCACUGUGAUGUUCUGGCUCAGGGAUCGGGCCUGUCUCUGAUACAGCUAGACGUGACUUACAACGUUGAUCGUGACUUUUUGUUAGUUCCGCCUGCCUACGAGGCUUUUGACCUGACGUUGGAGCCGAGGUUUUCAGGGAGGAACAGGUCACAUAUCAACAUCCGCAGCUGUGUAAGGUGGACGAUGACCAAUAUGAGUGCGGAGAGUGGUGCAGCUGUGCUGGAGCUGGUCAUUCCUACGGGUUAUGCUAACUACAGGCCGCAUCUAGACAACUAUGUCAAGUCAGGCGAAGUCCCUCGACUAAGCAUGGCCAAAGUGCUACCCAGGACAGCAGUGUUCAUGUUUGAACACCUUACAAGCGAAUGGACCUGCGUCAACUUUCUCAUCCAACGGUGGUAUCCUGUUGCCAACUCGACACGGUACCUGAAGGCCAAGGUCUACGAGUACAAUUUUCCAGAAAACUACAAGGAGAAAAUAUGGGAAAACUACGACCUCUACGUGCUGAGCAUCUGCGAAGUGUGUGGUUCCUACCAGUGCCCAUACUGCCCGCACUUCAGUGCUGCCAGUGUUCCCGCACUUAGCUGGACACUGCUAAUAGUGGCAGUACUUCUCCUGUGCCAGGAACUUUUGUGUGCUAGAAGGAACUGCUGAUGAGUGUUUGACUCUCUACAAUGAGUGCGUGUAAGCGUGAAUGAUUGCAACACCAUCUUAAGUCCUGGACUUCAUGCACGUGUGGUGUACUGUGGUGAAUUUUAUUUUGAAGCAUAUAUUUGUCCGGCGUGGUUUGACUGGGUGGACACGAAAGGUGGUGAACAUGUUUGGGACUGCGCCGAUCGCUUAGCGCUGAGGCAUUGGUGUUUGGCGCACUUCCUGUGCAAAAGGUGGGUGCCACGAUGGUUGUUCCGAAUGGUUGUGGCUUAAUAAGUAUUGAUUUGUUACGUGAGGAUCCGCCUGGCUGCAUAUAUACUAUAAAUUCACUGAACCUCGUUGCGAUAAUUCAAAGCACGAAAAUCUGGUCGUGUAUCACGAGUUGUAUUUAACGUGAAGACAUCAAAAUACAGUGCCAUGCGAUUUUACUUAGGGGUUACAUGUACAAACGCUGCCACAAAAUAUGUUACACAAAAUUGUUUCAAAAGACAACUUACGGUGCCCACUUGCGGGCUCAUAAACAUUUUGUCGUGGAGAUAUCUUCAUACGUUUUUUUAGCUCAAGGCAUGAAGUGAUACUUUUCAGCUAGCGUCAGAGGGCAUAUGGAGGUAGUCGUCAUCCAUGGCGUUGUCAUUAAGGCAUUAACACUUCUCAGUGUCAACUCACACUUCAGUGAUGAGAUUAUGUGUAAUGAGCUGAAAAGUUGAAUACUAUGCUUCAAGUGGUUUUGUAACUUGGAAGUGGAAACAGCCGGCUUCAUAACAUCAUAUUCAGGUGUGAAAGAGGCGUCAUAAUAGACGUGUGACGUGUUUUUUUGUCUUGUAGUAAUCACAUACAAAAGCAUACAGCACCCACCUAAUCAUGUUCACAGUACGACAUCUUUGUAAAGAGCCCAAUAUUAACCAGGAGCAUGAAUAUAACAAUGACAAUACAACAGAUUUAUCUUUGUACAACUAUAUAUGUCGAUAAAACAUCAAUGUCUAAAACUGCCGAAAAGGACCUGUAUUUGAAAGAUAGUUUGUAAGCUACCUAAAGCGAGUACUGGCAAAUAGUGGUGGGGAAGUUGCUAUAAGUUAAAGCGAUUGGCAAGAGAGUCCUCAAGAAGAAGGAGCUUCGUGAAUUCGAACCUACCGAAAAAACACUAAAGGGAGUAAGCGAAACAUCAGUAGUGUGUCAAGUUCGCUACUGCGCGAAAUGGUGGCACCAGUGAGACUUCUGUGCUUAUAUUUUUUUUUCUGUCGAUCUUGAUGCACAAACACGGGAGCCCUGAUUUACAUGACCAUUUGCUUGCAACAAUUGUUUGAGAGAACAAACUCCGUCCCACUGCUAAUGACCUAUACUAUCUGCUGUUAUAUUUUUAGCAAAUGUGUGUGAUAAUAUGUAUUCUAAUAGUAUACCGUAUAAAAUAUGCUAAUUGUGUAAUAUGGCAAAGAGUUCUUGUUUAAAAAACUUAUCUUCGAAUUCACGUGUCCACGACCACAAUGUGGCGCGAAAAAAGGCAGAUAAUGACGUUUACCUAAUAUACCCUGUCAAUGGGUCAAUAACACCUACUCAUGUUAUCAAUAGAUAGCAUGCGUGAUGAGCAUACCAUCUAUGACGUCAUUUGCAGUUAUUUUCAUUCCUGUGCCGCGAUAUGAAAAACAGGAAACUGAAUCGUACUGCUGGCCGUAUCUCUCAAAGCAACGCGGACAUUGAUUGAUAUAUGACGUUUAACAUCCCAAAACCAUCAUACGAUUAUGAGAGACGCCGUAGUGGAGGGUUCCGGAAAUUUCGACCCCCUGGAGUUCUUCAAUGUGCACCCAAGGCAACGUGGACAAUCUUCAUUAUUAAUAUAAGGCGGAGUGUGCAAGUUCUUCUGUAAAGCGUGACCUAAUUACACAAAAAUUCCUAGAAAAUAUGUGCGAAAAGUGGAGUGUUCACUGAUUAACUGAUCGAUAGUGAGCGCCAGGUUGCACGAGCCACGCGAACAGCUCAUAUGCUGCAAGACAUUGCGGCGUAAAGGCGUAAACGUUUCAACUGUUCUAUAAAUGUCUAACAAUUUUAUAUCGAUCAUUAGGUAUAAACCUUAAAAAUAGAGUGGUAGGCUGUGGACUGUGCGCCAGCAGAUGUAGAUGCUACCUAGCGGUUCACUGGGUUUU